AUGUCAGAACAUCAAACUACUCCUGCUUCAAAAACUACUAAGUCUACUCACAUGGUUAGCGCUCCUUCCAUGGACAUUCACGAUGAUGAGAUUCUGGAUGUGGUUCCUCUAUCAGUUAUUCCCUGCGAGGCCCUUGAUUUAAACCAUCCCAUGGAUGCCUCAUCUUCUGCAUGCCCUAAUCAAGGGCAAACUGUGCCUGGUAAAGGAAAAUCUGUGGCAUCUAAAAUUGCCAAUGCUUCCCACUCUGAGAAGCAUGAUGAUGCAAACGAUGUGAUUGACCUAGAUGAUAAUAGGUCUGAUGAUCAAGAGGAUAUUUUACUUCAUUACCUAAAGCCAAGUGUGGCUAAACGUAUGAAGACUCGAAAAGGAAGAUCUGUGGCUGAACUUAUGUCAGCUAGAAAAACUAAGAAGACUGUUGGUAUUGGUCCCUCCAAAUCUUGGAGCAAGGUUGAAGUGAAGAAGAGGAAGGUUAGAGAAGAUUAUGAGUCUGAAGAGGAUGUUGAGGAAGAUGUCCCUGACAUCUCCCCUGUGAAGAAAACCACUAUGAGGAAGUCCCCUAGUAAAGUUGAUGUUGUGCAUUUGGAUAAUAUCUCUUUCCAUCUUGAGGACGGAGCUGCCAAAUGGAAUUUUGUGAUUCAAAGAAGGGUGGUUGUGGAAAGGGAGUUAGGAAAGGAUGUUGUUAAAGUCAAGGAGGUCAUGGACCUGAUAAAGGCUGCUGGGUUGUUAAAGACUGUGGUUGGGUUCUCUCAGUGCUAUGAGGGUUUAGUUAAGGAAUUCAUUGUCAACAUUCCUGAGGAUAUUGCUGAUAAGAACAACAAGGAAUUUUGCAAAGUGUUUGUGAGAGGUAAGUGUAUCACAUUCUCUCCCACUGUUAUUAACAAUUUUAUGGGAAGAAGAGUUGAGGGUGCAAGUGAAUUGGAAGCUACAAACAAUGAGGUCUGUAGAGAAAUUACAACAAGGCAGGUGAAAGGGUGGCCUAUUAAAAAGCAUCUUUGUGCUGGGAAGUUGACUGUCAAGUAUGCUAUAUUGCAUAAAAUAGGAGCUGCAAAUUGGGUGCCUACCAACCAUAUUUACACAAUUGCUAAUACCCUUGGAAGCUUGCUUACUGCUGAUUAUGUACUUGGUUUGGUAACCCCUUAA